CAUCUAUUCCCGAAGUUUUUUUGUUUAGGAGAAAUUGCUGCAUACUACAAUUGUUUAUGCAUUCUUUACUUCUUUAUUGGAUUUAUUCUGUCACUGUUCCUGCUUGUGAUGUUUUGAAACACCUAUGUAGUUCUCUUAACCAAGAAGACAAGGAAAAAAGAAGGAAAUUGUCGGAAGACCGGCGGUUUUAAUGGAGUACAUUGGCCUUCUAUACGUACAUGUAUCAUCCCUCACGGGCACAGUACAUGCUGUGUUUAUCCCACAAAUGUAUCUUGUAAUGCAACUCAUUCACGCCACAACAGGAGUGAUCAUUGAAUACCGUAGGCUUCUUUGCCGAGAUCGUAGAAAACAAACACACACAUAUAUAUAUAUGCGAUCUGUAAGACCCGUUUCAUCUUUCGUCCUCUUUAUUCUUUUGCUUCUACCAUACAAGAUGUACGGUCAAAAACAGUCCAACGUUGCUCGGAUAGCAUUGACAGCAUCUGCUGCUCUUGCGCUUAUAGGAUCGGUACACGGUCAAUAUACUGCAACAUAUGUACCCUCACCUUCCGGAUUACCCAAGACAAGUGAAAGUGGACAAUCAGGUACAAACGAUUGCGGAACAGGCAGUAGUCAAACAUCGCAAUGUCAAAAUUUUUAUUUGAACAGUGUUGAGGAUUUCUGUGUUUGGGCACCGCCAAAUGGAGGAGAAGUGGCAACUUUUGAACAAGUUGAAGUUUCUUAUUGUACACAACCUGGACGUGGAACACGGGUCAUUCCUGAAGGUACAAUUCAAGGAGCACAUUUUCUCAAAACUCCGCAUUACGUUCAAAUCACGGGUGUUGGAGAUUUCACAAAGAUUGGUAUCACGGCAGGUGAUGAAGGAGGUGAAUUGGAUCCACACGGAGCAGAUGGAAAUGGAAACCCGGUUGGUGGUUUGAUGUUCCAUAACGGUCAACAAAUGCACGAAUGGUUUUCGUUCAUGUCUGCAACCCAAUUUUGCACUCGUGCUUGCUUUGACGGUAAUCGUGCAACAAGUUUGUGCAGACAUACGUAUGAUGAACUAGGUUGUGAUUUCAAUGCACCAGGUAAUUAUGCUCCAAACCAAUUUGAAUCUUGUCAAGGUAAUGAUGCACAAGAUAUCAUGUACGGUUACCCUGGCUUAUCAACAUUCCAACAAGCUGAUACCACCAAUGGAGUUCAAGUACCCUCUCCUCAUCCUGCACCUGCUUCUUCCAAUUGUCAAUACUUUAGCGGUAUCACUCAAAGUUCGGUCGGAUACGCUGUUGCCUCAACUUCAUCAUCAUCGUCUUCUUCAUCUUCAAGCUCAAGCAGUUCAUCAUCGACCACAACUUCCACAUCCACUUCUUCAUCUUCCUUGGCAACCGUGGUGACUGUGACAUCAACCAGUGCACCUAUGUAUGGCUCAACAACUACUGCCAGCAGACAAGCAGCAUCCGAAGUACAAAAGAACACGAACGCAGCUUCUCAAUUGAUUGGCAUGAAUGGUGGUAAUUUGAUCAAAGGUACACUUGCUGUGGCUAUUGGCUUUGCUUUGUUCCUUUAAAGUGGUGUUUUUUAAUCUUAUGGACUAUUUCGUUUUCUAUACCAUUCCUUUCUUUAUGCAUUGUACUUCUUAUUCCAAUACGAU